AUGUCGUCGACUCCAAGUGAUGCUGGGGGUGUCCAAGCCAUUCGCGACGCCUUUGAAUCGCUCGACCGCAACGACAUUAUCAGUCACUUCACACUCCCCGAUGGCGACGCCGAGCCGUACGUUGUCUGCUGUGACGUGGGAGUGGACUCGUUCAACGCGUACAUCCGCCUCGAAGAAGAGAAUGAGAACGACAAGCUGCUAGUGGAGUUGCAGUUCCUGGAACUCGACGAGAAUGGUCGACUGAGCAUUGUCGAUUUGCCGACGACAACGCACGAGGCCGUAUCUGCUGAAUUUGAAGACCAAUUCAUCGACUCCUUUUGGUACUCGUCGGACAUUGCCAUCCAUAGAUCAUUCACCGGGCAUCGCCCCGGAGCAUGCGACAAGGCGCCCGACGUAGCCUUCGGCCCGUUGGGUAGUACUCCGCACCGGGGGCCGCCCCCCGAAGGCCGGAACAUUGGCGAGUGGGUGACUUUUGCUGUCGACGUCGCAGAGUCGCAGCCCUGGGCCAGCAUUGAACAUUCGUUGCUGUGGUGGUCCAACUACGCUGGCAUCCAGUACGGCCUGGGUAUCAAGGUGACCCAUGACGGGCUCACCAUGCGUUAUGCAUUGUAUGACUUUGAGGUACCACAUGCAGCCAAUACGCUGCCUCCCCCGAUCGCCCACGGACAGUUUAGCCAAGCUGACCUUGACAUGUACAACCCUGUUAUGAUCAGCAUUGACACACACCGGGUCUUGGCCAUUCCGGCCAACAUGCCGUUGCCGCUGGGCAAGAUGAACACGAUCGAGGUCAACUUGAGUCACGUCAUGGAACAUGUCAUGUACUACUAG